AUGGCACCUCCCGUUUCAAUGGGUUAUGUUGAAGCCAAGGCUCGCGUGCUCCGUGGUACGGACCGACUCACCUCCUUCAUCGCUGCCGCAGGAGAGUACAAGGCAGAGCCUCAACAUGCUGGCAAACGUGCCAAAAUAGAACAAAUGGUACAACACGUGAAUGAAAUCCGUAGAAAUGUCGAAGCUGAUAUCCAGUCCAUGGAAUUAGCCGUUAGUCAGGGUACAGCGCCGAUCGAUGUCACUGAUACCAAAGACAGCCGGACACUCUCUGCUAAUUUCGACAAUCUUUAUUACGAACUCAUCGCCUUCGCGGAUGUACAUCGCAUCACGAUAUCGUCGCCCCAUGACCAAACCCUCUCUUCGACUAUAAAUCAAUCAACCUACGGUGGGAACCUUGCCCAUUAUCAGUUGCCAAAGCGAAAGUUCCCAACAUUUUCUGGCAAAAUCACUGAGUGGCAAGGAUUCGAUGAUCUUUUCAACUCGAUACUGUCGCACACGCCCAAUCCUCCCGACGUGGAGAAAUUUGAGUUUCUGAAAACGUCCCUCGAAGGUGAACCGCAAUCACUUGUUGCACACCUUACCUUGACGGCCGCUAACUACCACAGUGCGUGGGAAAUAUUACGAGGUCGAUAUGGGAACAAAAGAGAUCUAGCCAGGGUUCAUCUUGAAGCUCUGCUGACUCCGCAUAAAGUCCUAUCUAACGAUGCCACUUCAAUUAAAUCGUUGAUCCACUCGAUUUUGGAACACACAGCAGCGUUAGAUAACCUAGAUCUAACAACACGACACUGGAGUCCGAUAUUAGUACAUAUGUUUGAAAAAUAUUUAGACUAUGACCUCCGGGCGCGGUGGGAAAUGAUUCUUGGCGACAGACACCAACCACAGGUUACCGAAUUCGUCGAGUUUUUACGCCUGCAUGUGCGGUCAGCUGAAGCGCGUUCAGGAGCCUACUCAUCGGUGACACCUGCAGGUCCUGUUAGUCAAGUCAAACCUACUUCAAGAUCACAACAUCAAAAAUGGCAGCAUUUUCCAUCGUCAGCCAAAGCUUAUAUCGCAACCACCAACCAUCCGCCAUCUCCAACCAUAACAUGUCCAUUAUGUCAACAGACCCACUCAAUACGCCAGUGUUCGCUCUUCGCGGAUCAAGGUCCCCAUGAACGGUUCCAAACUGCGAAGACCCAUCAACUAUGCAUCAACUGUUUGGGGUCUGGGCAUUCUGUAGGAAAAUGUCCAUCAACAAAAACUUGCUAUUCCUGCAAAAAACAACAUCACUCACUACUGCACUUUUCAGCCGGUACACCCACAGGCACAAGUGGUCCGCCGCCAACUUCGAUGAUUGUGGCAGCAAAAAACCCUCAGUCCAUACUACUAUCUACGUUACUUGUAAGUGUCGUAUCAUUCGACAAUCAGAGAUACACCCUUCGGGCAUUGUUGGACACGGGCGCACAGGUUAGCUUCAUUACGAAGCAAAGUGCCGAUCGCUUAUCGUUAAACCGUCGUCGUUGUUCAACACAAGUCAAUGCUUUCUCGGGUGCCUCAGUCAAUGUCGUGUCAGGCGUCACAUCUAUUGUAAUGUCACCGGUCGGGAAGCCGGACCCGUCUGUCCCUCUCGAUGUCUUGAUUGUGUCAAAAAUCACUGACUACCUACCUCAAACAACAUUCAAUUUCACUGCGUGGCCCCAUUUAAAUAAGCUUGAGUUAGCCGACCCAAGUUUCAAUAUUCAAGGGCCCAUUGACAUUCUGCUUGGUGCAGAUGUCGCCCCAGCGAUCCUGACUGGUGGCCGUGUUGCUGGUCACCAAUCACAUCCGACUGCUUUCGGAACUAUCUUUGGAUGGGUUUUGAUGGGACCAAUGGCACCAAUCACAACAAAUACAGUCACGUCAAUGUUAGUGACCACUGAAACGGCACUCGAAAACUCUCUUACGAAAUUUUGGGAAAUAGAAGAGCCACCUCAACUGCAACACCUGAGUCCCGAUGAAGUUUUAGCUGAAGAAAUAUUUCUAUCGUCCGUCAAACGUCUAACAUCUGGGCGAUUCAGUGUUGCACUACCAUUUAAACAGCCACGUCCGAUCCUCGGAGACUCGAAAGGCAUGGCACUAAAGCGACUUCACUACUUGGAGAACCGAUUAUCACGUGAUGAAGGUCUCUCAAAACAGUACCUGGAGUUUAUGACCGAUUACCUCACUAGUCAGCAUAUGGAAAUUAUUCCUAUGAACCAAAGAAUGACGCCAUACUGUUACUACAUACCACAUCACUGCGUCCUUCGUCCAGAAAGUCAUACAACAAAACUCAGGGUAGUCUUCGAUGCAUCCGCUACUACCACUGCAGGACGAACACUGAACAGCAGUUUGUACACUGGUCGAAAACUACAACAGGAUCUACCACAGAUCCUCAUUCGUGCUCGAACCCAUAAGAUUCUAUUCACUGCGGACAUUAAACAGAUGUACCGGCAGAUUGAAAUCCAUCCGGAAGAUCGUGAUUAUCUAAGAAUUCUAUGGCGCUUUGAACGUGAUAAACCUAUCGAAGAAUAUCGUUUACGCACUGUCACGUAUGGUACGUCCUGUGCUCCUCAUCAGGCCUUACGAACUUUACAGUACCUAGCCGAACUCGAAAAGAACACAUACCCCACCGCCGCUCAGAUCAUCAUGCAUGAUACGUUUGUUGACGACAUCCUUACAGGGGCCAACACCCCGGAAUCCGCGCUUGAACGUCAAGAACAAUUGAUCUCACUAUGCUCCCGAGGACACUUCCAGCUCAGGAAAUGGGCCAGUAACUCGUCCGUGGUCCUCCAAUCGAUUCCGGAAUGUGACCGAUCUAUGGCUACUGACGUCCUGUUCGAUGACGAUUUGGAAGCCGGGUUGAAAAUCCUCGGCAUGCGGUGGAACCCGAAACAGGAUCAUUUCUCCUAUUCCGUCCAGCGUCCUAGCACAAAAACUACCAAACGCUCGAUUCUAUCUGAUCUCGCUCGCAUCUUCGACCCACUUGGUCUCCUUGCACCGACCACCUUCUUAGCAAAACACUUAAUGCAGUUGCUAUGGACGUCUGGGAUCGGAUGGGACGACCCAAUUCCUGAACAGAUUCUUACAAUCUGGCAGCGGUAUCAAUGCGACCUGAAAGGUAUCCAGAAUUUGAGUGUUCCACGCCGAAUCACCAUGGACGGAGAAGUCAAAUACGAACUCCAUGCAUUUUCAGACAGUUCCGAAAAAGGAUACGCGGCAGCCGUAUAUCUGCGUUGUGAGCACCGAGAAGGAAUUCAAUGCCACCUUAUCACAGCGAAAACAAAAGUUGCACCUCUAAAACGAGUAACCAUUCCCCGUCUCGAAUUGUGUGGAGCUGUGUUGGCCGCUCAACUGCUACAUUAUGUGCAAGAAGUCCUCAAGUCUGUCCUCCCCGUCGAAGCGAUGCAUGCCUGGACGGACUCGACUACCACUCUCGCGUGGAUAAAAUUUUCACCACAUAGGUGGGCUACAUUCGUCGCAAACAGAACCAGCCAGCUUCAGAGUCUCACACCACCAUCACUGUGGCGUUACGUCCCAACCGGUGAAAAUCCAGUUGACUGUGCGUCUCGUGGACUCUACCCAACAGAAUUAAUGCAACAUUCAAUGUGGUGGAACGGACCUGCCUUCCUGUCCAAGGAAGACAAUGAGUGGCCACCAUGUUCCACACUCAGCGCGUCACCUUCGACUGACCUCGAAAUCCGACACACUACUCUUUUGUUAACCUCAUCCACUACCAUCUUCGACCAACUGUUUCUUCGGAUUUCUUCACUGCGAAAAAUUAUCCGCAUCGUCGCAUACUGUAUACGAGUCGUUGUACGAGUUAAGCAAAGCAACAGAAACCUGUCACCUGUGGAGCUAGCUCACGCUUUGAAAGUCAUCAUACUUGCCGUGCAACAAAACGCAUUUUCCGAUGAACUUAAACGGCUCCGAGAUCCAAAUAACAAAAGUACCAGUAAACUCCGUGGCCUAAAUCCAUUCAUUGAUGAACGCGAAGUUCUUCGAGUUGGAGGUCGAUUAGUUCACGCGGACAUUCCUUAUGAACAGAAACAUCCCAUACUCUUGCCACGCUCACAUCGAUUCACAGAUCUGCUCAUAGACGACUUCCAUUUACAACAUAAACAUCCUGGAGCUACCACAUUACAAUCCAUCAUUCAACAACAAUAUUGGAUCGUAGCUAGUCGACAAGUCAUCAAAUCUCGCCUCCGACUCUGCCUCGCUUGUUACCGACUCCGUCCUCGUAGCGUUCAGCCAGUCAUGGGGAACCUACCCAAGUUUCGGCUACAGCAAAUCAAACCAUUUGUCGUCACAGGAGUUGACUAUGCCGGACCAAUAACUUUGAAAACAUCAACAACUCGCCGAGCUAUCUCGUGCCAAGCGUACAUCUGUCUCUUUGUCUGCAUGACAACAAAGGCACUGCAUUUGGAACUAGCGUCCGACCUCUCCACAGAAGUGUUUUUGAUGGCAAUGUGUCGGUUUAUCUCCCGUCGUGGCCCUGUUGAACAAAUACAUAGCGAUUGUGGCACUAACUUUGUGGGUGCAGCAAACUUGUUCCAGACCGUUGACAAUUUCACUCGAUCCACAGAGUACCAGACAAAAUGCCGAGACUACCUCACUAAACGUAACAUCAGCUGGCAUUUCAACCCACCAUCUGCCCCUCACUUUGGAGGACUGUGGGAGGCUGGAGUUAAAUCAGUCAAGACGUUACUCUAUCGAACUCUCGGGCUCCAGCGACUUAAAUACGAGGAACUCGCCACAUUACUAAGUCGAAUCGAAGCCACAUUAAACUCAAGACCAUUAGGUGCGCUGAGUCAUGACCCUCGUGACUUCGAAGCGCUUACGCCUAGUCAUUUCUUAACUCUAAUGCCCAGCACGGCGAUGAUUGAACCUAACUUAGACUCAGUCCCCCUAUCACGCCUCCAGCGCUGGAGACUCAUAAAGGAUCUACACACACAUUUCUGGAAACGUUGGCAGUGUGACUACUUGCAGACCCUACAACGUCGAACCAAAUGGACACAAGGUCAAGAGAACAUCAAGGUAGAUACACUUGUCCUCAUUCGAGAACCAACCACGUCCCUAAGCUGGAGACUCGGCCGAAUCACUCAACUACACCCCGGUCUGGACGGUGUAGUUCGAGUAGCAACGGUUCAGACAGCAAACGGUCUCCUCAAACGACCAACAGUCAAACUAUGUCCAUUACCAAUAAUAUGUUGA